GUGGGUCAUUUAAAUGGCAGGGGGGCCAAGAAUGGUUACAGAUGUCUGAAAAACAAGGGAAGAGAAGCGAGAGGAGGUUUUCACUUCCCUGACCGGGUGGCAGGUUGGUGGCUGAGGUGCUUUUGUACAACCUGAUCCGGGCUCGUGUCUCCGGUCCCUCUGCUCGUCGGGGGCUGUGCUGCCUGCUCCUCGCCCUCUCCCAGCCCCGUGAACUGCUGGGCUGUGCUUCAGAGCAGGGGUCCCGUCCCCCUCGGGGGGUGAAUUUCCCACUGGGGCCUCUGCCAGAACUUGAACAUUUCUGCAAAAUAUGGACAAAUCAGUAUUUUUGCCAAGAGCCUGAGGACUCUCUGGGAUUGUUCCCCAGUUAAUCCCCAGGGAUCCCAAAGGGGGCUGUGCCAGCGGGUUCCUGGAUCCUUAGAAGCAGAUCAAACAAAAUCAGUGUCUUUGCUUUAGGUGGGGAGCAGCUCUGCAAACCAACCCCUCUGCUGCUGCCAGGGGCAAUGGGGCAAUCUGGGAACAACUCUUUAGGAUGUGGGUUGUCAGGAGCUCUUGUGCAAGCAAUUCUCCCUGUGUAACUCACUUUUGUGGCUGAUUUUUCAGCUGAAACAAUUGCCACACAAGCACCUUCCUGGAGCUGCCCGGUCGGAUGUUUGCAUGAUAGACCUUACCCGUCUCUGUGCCUUGGAGAUCAGACUCACAGCUGCUGGGAAGGGGCCCACGCUGUGCAGCGGGGCCGUCUCCUCCCACCCCAGCUCCCUGUCUGCCUUCUCUCUAAUGUACUCUCUGGAAACCUGCCUCCUUCCUUGGGGCUGGUCCCAGAGGAGGUUUAAUGGGUUUAAUUCAGCCACUGUUACAGCAAGGUGAUUAAUAAUUGAAGAAAUGAGCUCAUUGCCGAAUAGUGACAAGCAAAGAACAGAGGAGGGCAUUUCACAAAUGGCAGGAAGGUUCUUGUGUCUGGGGGCCUGGACCUCAGCCCCCCAGAGGGCCCGCAAGGCUUGUGUGACCUCCUCCUCAUGCUGAAGAGCAGAGUCACAUCCUCCUCUACUGUGGCCAGGGCUGAGUGUGCACCGUGGGGCCUGGGCUGGCCGACCGGGGACACCUGCCUGGGCAGGAGCGGAGGAAGUAACGCUUCCGGCGUGUUCCAUCCUCGCUCACUGUCUCCCUCUAUAAAAUGGGAUGAACCUGGGGACCCCACAGCAGGCACAGCAAGGAGCUCUGCUGCAGUCCAGCCUGACUCCUGCGGUUCAUCUCCACCCAACGGGAGCAUGGAGACCUCCAGAGCUGCCCUUGCUGUACUUUUUGUGGCUGUCCUCUGCUACCAGGUCUCCUCUUCUCCAAGUUCUGUCAACUUUUCUGGUCCCUGCUGUGUUCGAUACAGCGCCAAAGCGUUUCCCUCGAGCCGUGUGCUGAUGUACGUGCACACGGGCAGCCACUGCUCCCAGCCCGCCGUGAUAUUUGCCACAGUCGCAGGCAAGAUGGUCUGUGGCAAACCCAGUGAUAAGUGGGUCCAGGACAUCGUGAAUCACCAGAAGGACAAGGCAGGCAGUGGAUGAGCAAUGCCCUGCUCCCUCCAACGUGAGCUCUGCAAGGACCUUCUCUCGUGGGCACCUCCAAGACACAACCUUCUUUUCCUACUACCCAUGAUUUUGGCACACUAUUUAGUACGCUAUUUGGCUCUUUUAUUUGAGCUUACGCAAAGAUGUUUUUAAUUUAUUUGGCAUUUUCAGUGAAACUUUUCAUUCUAAUUUGUACUGAUUGUCUUGAAGUUAUUUUUGUAUAAUAAAAAGGAGCAAAACCUGCAGCUUCUCCCACUGGCUCUUGAGAUGCUUCAGAGGCCGUGGUGGGCAGCGGUGGCUGGGGAGGGGUCCGGGCUGGCGCUGGGUGGGUGUGUGGGUGGCCCUGGCUGUCCCCAGC